CUUACUGUUUUGGUAUGUUCCGAAAAAAGGAUCUUUGGAGACAUCAGUCAUCAUGCAAAACAAAAAAAUUGUGUGUAAAAGAUCAAGAUGACGAAGACAAAAAUAACAGACGAGGGAGAGUGCAGAGUCGUGCUGCUUGUCUCCUGCCAAUUGUAGCAUCCUCCGAUGGGUGUCAGAGCAUCAUAAACUCCAUGCACCAAGAUGAAGUGUCAUUUCAUGCUAGAAAUGAUGAUCUGAUCUGCAAGUAUGGGGAAUCUAUUUAUGCGAAACACGGUCGAGUGAAAUCAAGACACCAGUACAUUUCACAGAGAAUGAGGGAGCUUGGUCAUUUUAUGGUGGUCUCUAAAGAACUGGACAAGACUGUCAGUGGUCUUCAAGAUUUGUGUACACCAGCCAAAUUUAAAUUUGUUGUUAAUGUUGCCAAGCGAUUAACCCAGUUCAGUCCAGGAAAAAAUGAAUAUGGGAAACCUUCAACGGCAGUGAAAAUUGGAUUUUGUCUUAAAGGGGCUGUAGAGGUCCUGAUUGGGCAGGCGCUAAUGAAAGAGGAUGAUUUGUCAGAGAAAAAAGCAAAAAAAUUCUACGAACUCUUGGAAAAAAACUGGAGAAACAGUGUUUCCAUAAGCGCUCACCAAACUCUACAAGAAAAAAAAUGGAACAAAGCUGAUGGCAUCCCUCUCACUAAAAAUGUCAUUGCUCUUAGAGACCAUCUCAGGAUGGUAGAAGAUGAUGCGAGAACAAAACUGGCACAGGAAAUGAAUUUGUCUGCAUACAAGAAAUUAAAUGAGGCUGUUCUUGCCCAAGUUAUUAUCUUUAAUAAACGCCGCGAAGGAGAAGCUUCACGCUUAACUCUUGAUACCUACAAGACAGCAAGCUCAAAUGCCAUCAACGAGGACAUCUAUAGCACUUUGUCACCACUGGAGAAGGAGCUGAGCAAGAUGCUAACUCGCAUCGAAAUAAGGGGCAAAAGAGGAAGGAAAGUUCCAGUUUUCUUGACAGAUAGAAUGAUGGAAUCCAUCAAUUUGCUAGUUGAAAGGAGAGAAGAAGCUGGUGUGCCUGCAGAAAAUCCAUACCUCUUUGCAAGACCUGGUGUAUUCACCAACAUUCGUGGAUGUGACUGUCUUAGAAAAUAUGCAGAACAAAGCAAAAUAGAAAAUCCUGGACUCUUAAGAUCAACAAAGUUACGAAAACAAGUCGCCACACUGUGUCAGCUCUUAGAUCUUACGGAACAAGAACUAGAGCAAGUCGCAAAAUUUAUGGGUCAUGACAUUAGAGUCCACUGUGACUUUUACAGACAGACAGAUAAAACAUUUCAGAUAGCCAAAAUAAGCAAACUUUUGUUUGCCAUGGAAGAAGGGACUGAAACCUUGAGGGGGAAGAACCUUGACACACUUCAUCCUUCCAUAGGUGGUGAAAGUCCUCCAUCCACCUCGGUCUCACAGAGACAAAAAAAAGGAGGAAGACCAAAGAGAAAAGGAGAGUCAGAUGAAGAUCAAACUGAUGGAGUGAGUCCGCCCAAACAGCCCUCACCUCAGAUCAAGAGGAAGAGGAGAGCGGUGUAUGACUUCUCCCCUCAGAUAUCAUCAGACCACUGCAGUGACGACCAGGCUUCAGAGGUUGAAGAAAAAACUCACGAAGUGAGCUUGACCAAACCCUCACCUCAGAUCAAGAGGAAGAAGAAGAGAGCAGUUUAUGACUUCUCCCCUCAGAAAUCAUCAGACCACUGCAGUGAUGACCAGGCUUCAGAGGUUAAAGAUCAGACUGAUAGAGUGAGCUCUUCUGAGCAGCCCUCACCUCAGAUCAAGAAGAAGAGAGUGGCCAAGGGGAAAGCAAAUGUUGUGACCACCACGAUAACCAAACGCCCGUGGAGUGAUGAGGAGAGAAGGGCGGUCAGUAAGCAUCUGAGUAGCUACAUUGCGCAACGCAGAGUUUCAGGUAAAGCCGCUUGCAUGAACUGUCUUACUGAAGAAACCGCUCUCAGGGAGAGAACGUGGACGGACGUAAAAAACUGUGUGUACAACACCAUCGUUACCCUCAAGCGGAAAUCUGCGACCAGAAUGCUUCAGUUUUGAAAGGAUUCGUUUACUUCAUUAACAUUUUGUAUAGUGAAUGCACUCACCCUCCUGCCAUCUAAGAUGUUCAUGCCUUUCUUUCUUCAGUUUUAAAGACAUUGGUUUUUAAGAUAAACUGAGGAAAGAAAGACAUGCACUUCUUGGAUAACAAGAGGCGGAGCACAUCUGUCAACUUGUUCUGGAAGUAAACUAAUCCUUUCAAACCCUGUGCCUUUCUAUUCUCUCUCUUAUUCUGUUUGUUCCUUAAUUUCUGUUGUUUAUGUCAGUCAGGGACUGGUUUGGAUUAGUGAUGUUUAAGGAGGUUUAUGAGUAAGAAAAUGUUGUAAAGAAAUAUUUAAGUAGCCUGUUAUUGAACAUCAGUUGAAAGAUUAUAUUGCGGCCUGUUUUGGCAUUUCUCCAGCAGCUUCUUGGUGAUUUUAGCAGAAAAAUGCUUAGUGAUUCAAUAAAAUUGAAUGUGUUUGUAAA